CAUCAAUUGCCACUUUUACUCACGGUUGAUCCCAAAAUUGGGCCGAAAAAACUUUUUGACUCAACCAAAAGACUGGCCUAGUUAAGUCCUUUAGUAUCCAAUAAGCCAUCGAAGGAGAAUAAACAAGAUUCCUUGCUUGUUGCUCCCUAGCAAGCAAUAAAAAGAGAAUGUAGGCUAUUGGUCCAAAUAAAGGCACACUUAACUAAUGGGUUUAGCUUCUCGGUGGUUUAAUCAGUUUGCAUUGGGUCCUUGGUUUUUGUUGCUUUGGGUUCCUUAUUCCACACAGUCCCAGCCGAGGCCUUGAAAGAGACAAAAGAAACAAACUUUGGCUUUUGAGCUUCCCGCAUAAGAAAGAAAAAAUAAUAUAUACACAAGCAUCCAUUGGCAAUAUCUAGAAGAGAUGGCAGUGGUUAAGAAAUUUGGGGACGAACACAGCAACUUGUUGGACCAAUACGAGAGACUGAGCUUUGAGGCGCGACUAAACCAAGCGAUUCUGGGGCGGAGUCUUUCGGAGCCGAGGACGUUGAGGUCUCAACCGCAGCCGCAACUUAGUGCCUCAGGCUCAGUUCGGCUACCAUACUUGGCAACAACAAGUAGUAAUCAGCCCAGAAAAGGAGGCCGUGGAUCCACAUUCAACUUCAACAAGAUUAUCAAUAAGUUACUCAAACCCAUUUUGGGGAGAAAGAGAAAGAGUAGGGCAAAGAAGGAACUUCCAGAUUUCAGAAACCCCUUGUCUUGGAAAGCCCUCAGUAAAUCCAUGCGCCUUUGAUUUUUUCUCAAUGUUGUCAAUCUGCGUCCCCCUGCUUUCCUUGUCUAUUUUCUUGCAUCGGAACAGGAUACUCGAAUGUCAAUCAAUCAACUGAUUCAGUGAUUUUCAUUUGUAGUUGAAGUAAUUAACACUGGGAUAAUUAUUCUGUAUUCCUUUCUUUAUUAAGUUAUUUUAACCAACUUUCUCCUUCAAGAUUUUGGGCUGUUCUAGCUAUCAAUGCCAUGGAGCGGACUGGGCUCAAGUCAAGUCACUGGAGGCCCAAACAACUUCGUCUUUGAGUCCCCUCCGUUCUCCAAUCUCCCAAUUUCUGGAGAUACAGACCAAACCCAAUUUCACCCUGACGUGCACUCCAGCAACUUCAGCUUCCCAUCCAAUAAUCUCUGCAAAAACCGAUCUUUCCUUCCAUAGAAAUCCCAACAUAAACGAAUGCGUCUCGCCCUUCGCCCGUCUUUCCUCACAACUCUUCCGCUCUCUUCCACAGAUACGCCUUUCGGUGCCAACUUUAUCGAAGCAAAUGAUAGGCGUAGCGCGAAUAAACGACCCCAUUCCGUCUGUAAUGGCGGGUUUAGUUUCAAUCACCAUGUUCACGCCUCACCUUUCAAACUGGGGAUUCAGAUCCCCACUAGAAUGACCAUUCAAAAUGUUGCCGACAGAAUUAAAUCACUGCCAAUACCGUCGGAAGAAGGGACUGAAAUUUUCAUCAUGUCUCAGAAAAGUUGUGAGAUUCAGAACAUAUGUGAAUUCAAUGACCUGUUCAUGGAAUUCGUCUCAGAAGAUGAGCUCGAUCUUGCCCUAAAACUGUUAUCCAAUUUAACAUCUUAUGGUUUGGUCCCAAAUUCUAGAACAUUUUCCAUCAUGAUAAGGUGCUAUUGCAAGAAAGGAGAUUUAGAUAAUGCGGCUAGGGUUUUAGGCCAAAUGCUGGGAAGGGGUUGUAAUCCAAACGAUGCAACCAUCACAGUUCUCGUGAAUGCUUUCUGCAAAAGGGGUAAAAUGCAGAAAGCUUUAGAAAUGGUCGAGCUCGUGGGAAGGAAUGGACGCAAGCCAACGGUUCAGGCAUACAAUUGUUUGUUGAAAGGGCUAUGUUACGUUGGGAGAGUGGAAGAGGCAUGCGAAAUGGUGACGGAAAUGAAGAAGGAUAGCUUGAUACCUGAUAUUUACACGUACACGGCUCUCAUGGAUGGCUUGUGUAAGGUAGGCCGAUCAGACGAGGCAAUGGAAUUGCUCAGUGAAGCUGAGGGAAAUGGUGUUAAACCAAGUGUAGUUACUUUCAACACCCUCUUCAAUGGCUACUGCAAGGAGGGCAGGCCAUUGGAUGGGAUCCGUGUGUUGAAGAAAAUGAAGCAAAUGAACUGCACGCCCGAUCGCAUUAGUUAUAGCACUCUGCUGCACGGGCUGAUAAAAUGGGGUAAAAUCCGAACAGCCUUGAGGACAUACAAGGAAAUGGUUAGCUCAGGCCACAGCAUCGAAGAAAAAAUGAUGAAUACCUUCAUGAGAGCGUUAUGCAGGAGAACCUGGAAAGAAAAGGACCUAUUGGAAGAUGCCCAUCAAGUGUUCGAGAAAAUGAAGAACGAAUUUCAAGUUAUUGAUCGGAGUACAUAUGGCCUGCUGAUCCAAGCACUCUGUUCAGGAAACAGGACUUCUGAGGCUUUGGCAAAUUUGCAUCAUAUGAUUGGAAAAGGGUACUCUCCAUGGGCGAUUACCAUCGACGUUAUGGUUCAAGCGCUUUGUCACAGCGGAAGCGCCAGUGAAGCAUUGUGUGUUUUGGGGCAUGGAAUCCGUUUCAGCAGAAUUUCCUUUGACCUGAUUAUCGAGGAGCUAAAUGAAGAAGGAAUGUGGCUUAGUGCUUGUAGCGUAUAUGGCCUGGCUUUGAAACGAGGUAUUAAACCCACGAAGAGGCCUCGGUAACGAAACGUACUCAUGAGAAAUGCUCCUGCCACGAGCGGGCGUGCAGUUAAGCCCAAAUAUACAUAUUAAUUUUAUCAAAGAAAACUGAUGAGCCACAGUAACCAUGUUAUUCCAGAAUUUAAUUUUAACAAUUCCUGCCAAUGAGUGAUUUAGUUUUGGCAUACUUUCAGAUACAAGCUAACUGCUUCACAUAGGUUCAUCCUUUGCUAAA